AUGACCUUGAGAAGUGGCAAAGAAGUCCAAGGACCCAAACCUGUGAUUCCUAAAGACAAGGACGAGAAACGAAUUAAGAAAGAGCUGGAAGAAGAGAGCAAAGACAGUAAAAAUUCAAAGAUACUUCCGGACCCACUCAUUCCAGCUAAGACUAACCCGUCUCCCUUUCCAAGCAGAUUGGAGAAAUCAAAGAAGCAGAACAAUGAGAAAGAGGUCCUGAAAAUCUUUCGCAAGGUGGAGAUUAACAUUCCCCUACUAGAUGUGAUUAAACAAGUACCUAGAUACGCAAAAUUUUUGAGGGACUUGUGUGUUAACCGAAGGCGGUUGAAAGGAGAUGAACGGGUUAUAGUGGAGGAGAAUGUGUCAGCAAUCUUGCAAAGGAAACUUCCACCGAAAUGUGGGGAUCCAGGUAUGUUCACUAUCCCCUGUAGGAUAGGUAAUAUAGUGAUUGGUAGGGCCAUGUUGGAUUUGGGAGUAUCAAUUAAUGUCAUGCCAAACUCCAUAUAUGCUUCUUUGAACUUAGAUCCGUUGAAAGACAUGGGAAUAAUAAUCCAAUUGGCUGACCGAACAAAUGCAUAUCCUGAUAGAUUGGUCGAGAAUGUUUUAGGAAAAAUUAAUGAAUUGGUCUUCCCCGCUGAUUUUUAUGUACUUGAUAUAGAUGAUGAACACUCUCACGACCCAUCACCUUUACUGUUAGGUAGACCCUUCUUGAGCACAGCUCGAACCAAAAUUGAUGUUAAUAAAGGUACCAUGUCUAUGGAAUUUGGUGGUGAGAUUGUUCAUUUUAACAUUUUUGAAACCAUGAAAUAUCUUUCAGAAUCACAUGCUGGCUCUGUUUUGUCUAUAAAUGUUAUUAACCCUGCUGUACAAGAAGUUUUUGAAUUGAAGUCAGGGAUGAGUUGGAAGUCGCCUUGA